GACACUCGCUCUUCAACAGGACUUUUCACGGCCGUUCCGCCGCGGGUCACGUGUCCGGCGGUCUGCCCGCGCGCGCCUGCGCGUUAGCAACGCUCGUCCCUCUUCGCCACCUCUCCCUCGGCCCCCAUCCCUUCCCUCCCCCUUUCCUCCUUCCCCGGCCGGGACGGCGGCGGCGGCGGCAAGAUGGCGGCAGCGACGGUGGCCGGGAGGGCUCACGCUCAGGCUCCGCGCGAAGGUGGCUUGGGCUCCUGUGGGCGCCCGCCCAGGCGGCAGGAAAGACUCUGAGGCGGCGGCGGCGGCGAGGAGGAGGAGGAGGAGGAGGAAGCGGCAGCCAGCUGCCACGUGGAAUGGUGCCAUGGCCAACUCCUCAGACAGCGACGAGGACAGCUUCAUGGCCGUGGACCCCGAGGAAGCUGCAGCCGACGGGGCUACCAUGGAGCAAGAUGAGGGGGAGCCCAGCGCCAGGCCGGAGGAAGAGGCCGAGGGCGAGGGAGGGGGCGCCAGGCUCCGCCGGUCCAUGCAGGAACUGCCGGAAGAAGUGCUGGAGUACAUAUUGUCCUUCCUCUCGCCCUACCAGGAGCACAAGAUGGCAGCCCUGGUUUGCAAACAGUGGUAUCGCCUUAUCAAAGGUGUGGCCCAUCAGUGCUACCACGGCUUCAUCAAGGCGGUUCAAGAAGGCAACAUCCAGUGGGAGAGCCGCACCUAUCCCUACCCUGGGACCCCCAUAACCCAGCGCUUCUCACACAGCGCCUGUUACUACGAUGCCAACCAGUCCAUGUAUGUCUUUGGCGGCUGCACCCAGAGCAGCUGCAACGCUGCUUUCAACGACCUCUGGAGGCUCGACCUGAACAGCAAAGAGUGGAUCCGGCCACUGGCCUCAGGCUCUUACCCUUCGCCCAAGGCGGGGGCCACCCUGGUGGUAUACAAAGACUUGCUGGUGCUGUUUGGAGGCUGGACGCGACCCAGCCCUUACCCCCUGCACCAGCCGGAGAGGUUCUUCGACGAAAUCCAUACCUAUUCGCCCUCCAAGAAUUGGUGGAACUGCGUGGUUACCACCCAUGGACCCCCUCCCAUGGCUGGCCACUCCUCUUGUGUCAUCCAGGACAAAAUGAUUGUCUUUGGGGGGUCCCUCGGAUCUCGGCAAAUGAGUAAUGACGUCUGGGUACUGGACCUGGAGCACUGGGCCUGGUCCAAACCAACCAUCUCCGGGCCCACCCCUCAUCCACGAGGAGGCCAGUCACAGAUCGUCAUAGACGACAAAACCAUCCUGGUCCUCGGAGGCUGUGGGGGCCCAAAUGCGUUGUUCAAGGAUGCCUGGUUGCUGCACAUGAGCUCCGACCCUUGGACCUGGCAGCCCCUGAAGGUGGAGAAUGAAGAGCAGGGCGCCCCAGAGCUCUGGUGCCAUCCGGCUUGCAGGGUGGGGCAGUGCGUGGUGGUCUUCAGCCAGGCCCCCAGUGGGCGGGCGCCUCUCAGCCCCAGCUUGAACUCCCGCCCAUCCCCCAUCAGCGCCACCCCGCCGGCCCUGGGUCCCGAGGCGCGGGAAUAUCGCUCCCAGUCCCCGGUGCAGACGGCGGAUGAGGCGCCCUGCGUCAACGGCCGGUGGGGCACCCUGAGGCCCCGCGCACAGCGGCAGACGCCCUCCGGCUCCCGGGAAGGGAGCCUCUCGCCGGCAAGGGAGGACGGCUCGCCCAUCCUGAACGGCAGCGGGGGCUUGUCGCCCGGCCCCGUGGCCACAGGGGGGGCCUCUCUGGACAGCCCCCUGCAGGCCGCUUCUCCCAGCAUGCCUUCCACCAUCAAAGGACACGACCCCAAGGCUGGCCUGCCCCUGGGCCCCCGGCGAGGCUCCCUCCCUGACCAGAAGGACCUGCGGCUGGCGGUGGCUGACUUAACCUGGGAGCCGAAGCCUCCGGCCACUUCCCUGACCUGCCAACUGGAUGCUGCAGAGAACAGGACGGUCAGCCUGGCCUUCAGGAGCCCUCCGGAGCAGACCAACGGCCUCCACACCCCACCCCACACGGCCAGCUCCUUGGUGGGCGCUAUCUCCCCUGGCGCCCUGAGGCGGAGUCUGGAGGUGGUGAAAGCCCUCUCGGCCAAGGGGCCCCCUACUCUGGCCGUCCUCAGUCCCCCUCUGGUCUCCUCGCCGGCGUCCCCAGGCAGCCAGAGCAGCAGCGCUAGCAGUACGGAGGCGGCGGCAGCCCCCAGCAUCCCCCGCCCCGUCUCCGCCCAGGGGGACGGCCACGCCUUGCCCCCCAUCGCCCGCCGGCUCGGCCACCACCCGCCGCAGUCACUGAACGUGGGCAAGCCCUUGUACCAGAGCGUGAACUGCAAGCCCAUGCAGAUGUACGUGCUGGACGUCAGGGGGGCCCAGGAGCACGGGCGGGUGGCCUGGAAGGUCUUCCACAGCAGCUGUGUGGUAGGGCCCCCCGAGACCAGCCUGCACACCGUGGUGCAGGGCCGGGGGGAGGUCAUCAUCUUUGGCGGCCUGAUGGACAAGAAGCAGAACGUCAAGUACUAUCCCAAAACCAAUGCCUUGUACUUUGUCCGAGCAAAGAGAUAAUGCAGCAGCGGAAGUGGUUUCCCCCCUCCCUUCAAGACCCCCUCGUCGUCAUCCUCUUCCUCCUCCGUGCUCUGUCAAGCGGGCUGUGAAUCUGGGCAUCCACCCACCAAUAAAAAAAAGAUCUAAGCAACUGG